AUGCCCGGCCCCGCGAAUAACCCGCCCCAAGGCUCACGCUUCACAAACCCUUCUGCUUUCCCCCUUGAGAUCCCCGGGAUGAGCCCCUUGACAUCUCCCGUUCUCGCCGACAUCUCUCCUAUCAACGCCGACGACGAGAUUUAUGAGCAUGAUCUCAAUGGCAUGGACAAGGAUGCUCGGGAUAUGAUCAUGGUAGACGCAGGUCGUAAAUAUGUCAUUCCUGAAUCAUCAGACCCUACGGAGCCUCCCGUCUUGGCUACGGUCUGGGACACGAUCAGCAGAGACCAACAGCCAGGACCUGACCGCGAGGUCCUCUUCAGCGCCGAGCUGGAGUUCUGGGUUCAGGUCUCUGGCGAAGAAGGCAAGGCACUCACCUGUCCACCCAGGAAUUUUGUCAAACGCGCUGAUAUUCCCCCCGAUGAAUGUUUGGAAAGGUUCCACCUCCAGUAUCGUAUUUGCAGGUACCUCCGAGACGAAGCGAACUUCUUCUCUAUUUCAGAGUCCGCAGACCAAAAAACGGAGGGACUCUGGGAAGAAUAUAGAAAAGAGGUCCGUAAUGGUUCACACGCCUACAACGCGAGCGGCCACUGGGACGUCAUGGUGGAACCCAAGAAGCAGCUGCCUGAAGAGAACAACAAAGAGUGGGAAAGAUAUAACAAAGACUGGAUGCUCGUGCGCAUUCAAUCGCCUCUGAUGCGGUUCUCUGAGGAAAACAUCAAGUUUUUUGAUGCCAUCACGAUCGCACUGAAGGAUAUGCCUGGCCUCAUCAUCGGGCUGGAUCAUAGGCCUCGUCUGCGCGUAAGCCUCAAACCGCUGACGGGCUUCACCCUGCCAGACCUCAAGAAGCUCCUCACUUUUCUGUGGUCUGUCUCCCCUCUGAUCGACACCCUCCACGCAAAGUACUGCGGCCCUGGCUCACUCAUCGCCCCAGGCCUUGAGUUCUCAGAGGUUUUCAACUGCCUCCCUCAUACUUGCUUAUCCGAUGCCGAGUGGCGCGCUCCCCGAGAAGAAACGGCCUUCACUCAUGGACCUCCCAUCAAGACAACCACCAAAAUGUUCCAGACCCCUGACGUGAUGCGCAACUCUUCUUUCUCCAAGUACGCCCUCCUCGAAAUCGCAACCGCGGAAGACAUCCAGACCCUUGUCAGCAUGACCGAUAUCCCCAUACAACACGAAGACGGCCAGGUCUACAAUCACCCUGGCGCGUACGACUUUUCCGGCCUCCUCAAAUCCAAACGCGGAGACCAGAGAGUCCAGUUCGCGCAGCACGCCGGCACGAUGGACUUCGCCGCCAUCUCUAACUGGAUCAAGGUAUGUCACGGCCUCGUCUCAUUCGCCAUCAACGCCCCCCGCGACCGCAUCGAACACAUCCUCUCCCUGAACUCGCCCGUCCAAGGCACGCUCAACACAUAUGACGUACUUGAACUCCUCACAGAUAUCGACCUGUCCCCGCAAGCCGAAUACUACCGCAACCUCAACCCGCGCCGCUUCCCUCCAGACCUCGCUGCCCGCCAACCCUGUCCCACCAUCGACCUCGCCGAGCACUCCUGGCUCUCCCCAUACACCUUCGGCGUCGAGCUCGAGUUCCUCCUCCCAUACGCCCUCGAAGUCCCCGACCGCCACGAAAAGCGUUGGACCUACGUCCUCCCCUCCGACACCGAACCAGCCUUCAUCUCCUCCACAAUCUACGAGCACACCGCCGAACACCUCGCCGCCCUCCUCAACAGCAAAGGCCACUUCAGCGCAACCUACAACACCGUCAAACAACGCAGGGACGAACCACCCCACGCCCACUACGCAUCCCACCUCGCCACCGUCUCCGCCGUCCGCGGCCGCACCGUCGACAUCGUCCCCGGUGCCUCCCACAUGUACCAGCUCUGGCACGUCUCCCAGGACUCCAGCCUGACCAAGCACCUCGGCCCGAUCCUGGGCUACUCCGGCGGCGUCUCCGGCUUCGAGAUCUCCUCGCCCAUCUUCCGCGACCGCGCGUCCGACUUCCGCCAGAUCCUCAACGUGCUCGCCAUCCUCCGCGCCGAGACGCGGCCGAUGCUGGACGGCACCUGCGGCACGCACGUUCACGUCGGCUCCGUCCGCCCCUUCACCCUUACCGCGCUGAAGAAGCUUGCCUGCCUCGCCUGGGUGGUUGAUCCCAUCCUCAGCACGCUGGUGCACCCCGUCCGCGGCGCGGUGCACCAUGCCGCGCCGCUCCGUAAGGGGUCCAACCUCGCGGAGAACAGGAGCCUGCGCAGCUACGAGGACUUGUUAAUCGGCGGGGACGAUAAGAUGCUGGUGGUUGAGAUUGAUUCCCAUCUCCCCAUGCGCGGUCUCACGAGCCGUCUGCAGGACGAGUUUACGUGUAUUUGGAGUGCUGGUGACCAUAAUAGGCUGACCGGUCUGCUGGCUGCGGCGAACGGUACGAUGCCCCCGCGCGGUAGCAUCUCAUUUGACAAGAUCAACUGCAUGAGUGGUAGUGCUUUUCCGUAUGGCCCAUGGGAGCCGGUUCUCGUGGGCACCAUCGAGUUUAGAGCGCUUGAGGGGACCCUUGACCCGGUGCUGGUCGCCCACUGGGCUCGGUUGGCGGUCGCCAUUGUGCGUACGGCGGUGGAUGCAGAGCCUGCUGAAUUCUUCAAGAUCAUGACCAGACUCCUGAAAGAGCGCAGAAACAGCAGGGAGCGACUCAAGUGCUUCCUGGAAGUUGUUGGCAUGGGACAUACGUACUCCUACUGGAGGGAGAUACCCGAGCAGAACAAGUCCCUCGCGGCACUGGUCGAGCAGUGGCAUCCGAAGAAUCGAUGGGUUGGUGAUGAGCCAGAUCUGGCGUGGAUCGAGCGGAACGUGGUUGCUCUUCCCAAACUCCCUAGAGGUGCAGCUGACGAGCUGGAGAAGGCUUUCAAACGUUGA